UAGCUACACAUCCGUUUAAAUAAGUGGAGCUGAACGUCGUUGCCCUCCGUUCUCUGCUCGCGGGAGACCAGCGCUGCUCGGCGGGACAAGCGGCGACCACAGACCUCCUGUCAGCCCUCGGUAAAUGGAAAAGACGGGACCGGUUGGCUUUUUUCUCCACACAGACAAACCAGAGGAGGACGUAGCAGGGGAGAAGUUCCGGACUGCUGUCUCCACCACCUGAGGGAGAGAACCGCCGCGACGUCAUCAGCGCGUGGAGAGCCGCGAGCUUCAGGUUGCUAUGGUGAACAGCAGGGUGGAGGCAUCCACGGUGGCAGUGAUGGGCGUUGGCGGGGGCACGGCGUGCAGGCUGUGUGCAGGAUGCGGAGGACGGAUCGCAGACCGCUUCCUGCUCUUCUCCAUGGAGCGGUACUGGCACACGCAAUGCCUCAAGUGCUCCUGCUGCCACACUCAGCUGGGCGAGUACAGCAGCACCUGCUACAGCAAAGGAGGCAUGAUCCUCUGCAAGGACGACUACAUCAGGCUGUUUGGACACAGUGGUACCUGCAGUGCUUGUGGACAGUCCAUACCUGCUAGUGAGAUGGUUAUGCGAGCUCAAGGCAACGUUUACCACCUUAAAUGUUUCACCUGUGGUACCUGUAGGAACCGCUUAGUUCCUGGCGAUCGCUUUCACUAUGUCAAUGGGACGAUCUUCUGUGAGCAUGACCGGCCUGGAGGAGGUCUGCUCGGUGGACAUCCAACUCCACUGCAGGCCAACAGCAUGAUGUCCGACCAGAAGGUCUGCUGAGGAAGACGAUGGAAAACCAAAUGUGUGCCUUCUCCACCCACCUGUCUCCUUCACCCGCCUCCUCCACCUGUAAAUCCUGCCAUUGGUUGAGCACCCGCCAGUCACUCCAGUGUGGGUGUAGGAACCAAUACUGCUACUCGGUUCCAUUUCAAUAGAGACGGCUUUUGCUGAGUAGACAGUGAGGAGUGAAAGUGAAGAAUUCUGUUGGAGGCAUGAGAAUACUGACGGUGAUGGAAUGUAUUUCUACAGCACAUUGAUGUUUAUUGUGAACUGGGGCAAUAUUACUGAUAAUAUUGCUGUAUUGCAUGGCUAACAUGGUGAAAUGGAAGAUUGCUAUUGGAUUACUUCCCCUUGAAUCAUUCGCUUUUACCCAGCUAGCCAGUUGCAGUGGGCAUGGAGUGUCAGAAAUAACAUUUCUACAGGGGCGUAUGUAAGUAUACUUUCAAAAAUGUUAAACAAGUUUGGUGUUUCUUUUUUUUUACUGGUUAUGGAAAUUGAAGUUGCUGGAUGUUCAGUGAACAAGACAACAUCUAUAUUGAUACUUUAACUAAAUCUGUUAUUUUCUUUGAAAUAUUCAAUUACAUUUAUUUUGUCUAUUUGAUCCAUUUCUAACAUGUCAUUCUGCAGCUAUAACCAGAGUGGUUUGGGGGAAGGUGUAGUUGCCCUCGGUUGGUAGUGUUCCUGCCCCCGAAAGUAUUUGCUUGAAUUCUAUGUACACAAUUGUUUUGCAAAUCUGGUCUUAAGCUGCAUUACAGUAAUGAAGGACCACACCAGAAUCCUUUCCUUCUUCUAGCCCAUUAUCAAUAAAUCUCAUAAAUCAUUCAUUCUGUAUUUAUCUCAAUGAGAGUUGACCAGCACCAUAAGCCGUCAUGUUUACCUUUCUGACCAUUUCCACAUCACAUGUUGAAUAAGCACAGCAAUACGAUUCACUGGAACUAUUUUACAAUGAAUGGAAUGCAACACAUGCCAGUAGCUUUCCCUUUAAUAAUCAGACUUUUAAUGAGUAUGCAAAGAAUGUAGGGCGAAGCGCUGAUGACAUGCGUCUGUUAUACUGAUGAGUUAGUGCUUUGGAAAUGAUGCUGAAUUUACUGUGUGAAUUAUUGUAAUGGGAUCAUGGUAGUGCUAUCGUUCCCUGUUUUUUUAUUUUAUGGACUGGACUUGUUUUUGCUUGACACUUAUUAAAGAAUCAGACAUUAUUACCCCGAAACAUGCAUAUCUUAAUAAAUUGUAUUCUAAAUGUUA